GUAGAGGGAAUUUGCUGGAUUUGUGCUCAGUUCCUGCAAUCUUUAGCCGCAGACCUUUACAUUUUCCCGAGGGUAAUCAUAAGGAUGAAGGUUGAUAUCCAUAAUCAUAUUUUACCAAAGGAGUGGCCCGAUCUGAAGCAGAGGUAUGGAUAUGGUGGGUUUGUCCAGCUUCACCAUCACUGCAAGGGUGAAGCAAACAUGAUGAAGGAUGGGAAGCUGUUCCGAGUCAUUCAAGAGAACUGCUGGGACGCAAACGCACGCAUGAGAGACAUGGAUCAACACGGUGUCACGGUUCAAGCCCUUUCUACUGUCCCGGUGAUGUUCAGUUAUUGGGCCAAACCUCAUGACACACUGGAUCUCUGUGGCCUUUUAAAUGAUGAUUUAGCCAAAACAGUGUGCAGCCACCCCAAGAGGUUUGUGGGCCUUGGCACUCUGCCCAUGCAAGCACCCGACCUAGCGGUGCUGGAGAUGAGGCGCUGCGUGAAGGAGCUGGGCUUUCCUGGGGUGCAAAUUGGCUCACAUAUCAACAACUGGGACCUCAACUCCACCGAACUCUAUCCUUUCUAUGCCGCUGCUGAGGAGCUGGGUUGCUCCAUAUUUGUCCACCCGUGGGACAUGCAGACAGAUGGGAGGAUGGCUAAGUAUUGGCUGCCCUGGCUGGUGGGCAUGCCGUCAGAGACAACCAUGGCCAUUUGCUCAAUGAUAUUUGGAGGUGUGAUUGAAAGAUUUCCAAAAUUGAAAGUCUGCUUUGCACAUGGAGGCGGCUCUUUUCCAUUCACCAUUGGCAGAAUUGAACACGGCCACAAGGUCCGCCCUGACCUGUGUGCAGUGGACAACGAGAUCAGUCCACGGAAAUACCUCGGUUCCUUCUACACCGACUCCCUAGUUCACGAUCCCAUUGCUCUAAAGCUUCUCAUUGAUGUUAUUGGAAAGGAUAAAGUGAUGCUGGGAACAGAUUAUCCAUUCCCGCUGGGUGAGCUGCAGCCUGGAUCACUCAUUGAGUCAAUGGAUGAAUUUGAUGACACACUAAAGGAUAAAUUGCUUGCUGGGAAUGCACUGGAAUUUUUGGGCCUGAAACGAGAACAAUUUGAGUGACAUUGAAAUCUAAGAUAGUUACAGCUGCCACACUCAGUGAUUCAGCGCAAAAGCUUUAUUCAAAUGUUCAUAUUUAGACUGCUAAAAAAUCAUUUUGGUUUAGCUUGUAUAGUAGCCUAGAUAUCACAAAUUUUGAUGUUGUCCAUAAUAAUAAAGUAACUGAAUAUUUUACACUCA